UGCACUAGAUAAGCAUUAUUCCCCUAAAUCAUAAUUAUCUGUCACUAUGUAGUAUUUUUAAAAAGAAGCGGUCCAUUCUUAUUUAUUUUAUUAGUUUAAGUGCGAGUGAUAUGUUUUAAGUGUUACUUUUACAUUAUCACUCAGAAUUUACAAAUCAUGAAACUCUUCACUCUCUUGUUAACUUUACUUUACAUUUCCUCUGAGGUAUAUUCUUGGAGAAUCUUUCGCAAUGGCCGCAUGGUUGGUGGCAACAUCGGUGAACCAAAAUCAGACAAUUGUAAAGAAAGUAAUGUGAAAGAGGUACAAGAGGAAUGGUUUACCCAAAACUUGGAUCAUUUUAACCCCACAGAUGAGACAACGUGGAAACAAAGAUAUUAUAGCAAUGAUCAAUUUUUUGAUUCGAAAAAUGGGGGCCCUGUUUUUUUAAUGAUAGGUGGUGAAGGAGAGGCUUCGAUUAAAUGGAUGACUCAAGGAGCUUGGGUCAAUUAUGCUGAGAAAUAUGGGGCUCUUAUGUUCCAGCUGGAGCAUAGAUAUUAUGGGAAGAGUCACCCCACCGACGACUUGAGUACCAAAAACCUGAAGUACCUAACCAGUCAGCAAGCUUUAGCUGACUUGGCAACUUUUAUAACUGCAAUGAAUGAAAAGUACAAUUUACCGUCUGAUGUAAAAUGGAUUGCUUUCGGUGGUUCAUAUCCAGGCUCAUUAGCAGCUUGGUUACGAUUCAAAUACCCUCAUUUAGUCCACGGUUCUAUGUCCGCUAGUGGCCCUCUAUUAGCACAAGUAGACUUUAAAGACUAUUUCAGAGUCAUUAAGGAAUCUUUAGCGACUCACAGCGAUGAUUGUGUAACUGCUGUACAACAAGGUAUCGAUCAAAUCGGUGUCUUGCUCAAACAAGCCAUCGGUCAAGCUAAUUUGAACGAACUUUUCAAACUGUGUGACCCCAUUCAAAAUUCUGUAAACAACGAGAAAGACAUAUCUAAUUUAUACGAAACAAUCGCUGAUGAUUUCGCCGGGGUUGUUCAAUAUAAUAAAGAUAAUCGGGUAGGCAGCCCUGCAGGAGCUAAUAUUACAAUAGACGUAGUUUGCGACAUAAUGGUGAAUCAGACAAUAGGACCGCCAGUUAAUCGGCUUGCGAAAGUCAACGAGGUGCUAUUGAACGCCUACGACCAGAAAUGCUUGGAUUAUAAUUACGACAAAAUGAUAAAUAAUUUGAGGAAUGUAAGUUGGGACAGCGAAGCGUCCGAGGGGGGGCGCCAGUGGACCUACCAAACGUGCACCGAGUUUGGCUUUUACCAAACUUCCGAUUACGAGCCACAAAUUUUCAGUGAUCAAUUUUCCGUCGAUUUCUUUAUCCAGCAAUGCACCGAUAUUUUCGGAUCGAUUUACGACGAAGAUUUUCUUAACGAUGUCAUCGAUCGCACCAAUACGUACUAUGGGGGUCUUGAUAUUGAAGUGAGUAAUGUGGUCUUUGUGCAUGGGUCGAUCGACCCGUGGCACGCUUUAGGUAUCACCAAAACUAUCGACGAAAAUGCGCCGGCUAUUUAUAUCGAGGGUACUGCACAUUGUGCUAAUAUGUACCCACCGGCUGAUACGGAUUUGCCCCAGUUGAAAGAAGCUCGUGAACAGAUUUUGAGUUUGAUCGGUACUUGGUUGGGGCAGUGAAGGGCUUAUUGUGAUAUUUUAAUUUAAAAAUACGAGUUUGCGUAAUUAGUGCCAUGUAUUGUAUAAAAACUGAUAAAAAAUUACUAAAUAUAUUGUGUGUUUGAUUCUUCUAUUUUAGUUAAAUAAAUUUGCUUAUUUUGGA